CGUCUACCAAGUACAUAGUGCUCACUUAGCCCUUAAGAACUGUUUUUUUUUCUAAACGAUCAUCAAACCCAUGAAUAAUGACAUCCGAAGGAUGGAACAAAGUGUUGUGGGAAAGGCAGCCUUUUCCUGAUAAUUACAUUCAUCCUCAUUCUUUUCUCUCUUCCUUGAGGCGGAACCCUAACUUCAAGCCGUACACCUAUUGGCCACUAGUACUGCUAUGCUGUGCGAUCACCCAGCACUUAGCGACAAUCUUCACAUUCCUCGCAGUUUUUGUGAGGCUCAAGGAACGCUGGCUUGAUGCCCGUGUCCUGUUGUGGGUCUCGAUAGUUAGUUUCUUUGGAGGAUAUGCUCUGUGUGAGAUCCUCAGCCGUUCUAAUACCGUUCGUGGUGCCUCAACCCGCUCGAAUACGAUCAAAUCGUCCCUUCUUGUUUUCCUCGCUUUGAUGGCAUUAUCGCCUGUUUUGAGAACUUUGACCGCAGCAACGUCCUCGGACUCCAUUUGGGCGCUUUCAGCAUGUCUCUUCCUUCUCAACACAUUGCUCGCCGAUUAUAGCUCCAUGAAACCAGUCCCACAGGAAAGACUGACAUCUGUACUGUCCAUGAAUGCCGCGAUCUCGUCAUCGGUUGUCUUGGCCUCGCGACUGCCUGACGAUUUGGCUGUCUUUGCUCUUGUCCUAUUUGCUGUGCAAUUGUUCGCUCUUUUCCCGAUCCUGCGUCACCGGCUUCAGGUCACACCACAACUCGCACAGAUCCUCUUCACCCUGGCCCUUUGUGUACUAUCAUUUGUGUUAACGGUGCCUUUAUCCGUCUCGGUUGCGUCCAUCUAUGCAGGCAUCUUGAUUACGGUGACGUUCGUUGCUCCGGGAGUCCUAGUCUGGGCACAGAAAUACAAAAAUGAAAUAAGAGGACCGUGGGAUGUCGCAGUUCCGAGACUAAAUUGAUGAUUGGACACUGCUUGAAACGUGGAGCACACAGCGUAGAAUUUUAUUUAUUUAUCUUUGUCCUCCGCCGAGCAGAUUUGCCACAAAUGACUUCCGCGCUGCCCGUAGGCGAAUGCCACGAGCCAGUAGAUCCGGACGGGCAUAAGGAUGGUAUUAGCCAGUGGGCCGCCGGCGAGUUACCGACUUGAACAAUGCCGCGAAGGACACGCGGUAUUACGCAUGCGCAUUGCGCAGCCAUCAUCAGAUAGUGUU